AUGGCACCGAAAAAGAGAAAGCUCGCCACACGAGCAAGGUCCCAGCGGGUCGUGGAGCGUGAUGUCCUGACCUCCUCAGCACCAGCCUUUGUCAGCUCCGGCCGUGGCAAGGGAGAGAAAGUUUGCGGUGCUUGCUUGCUGCCGAUCGAGUCUGACGCGCAGGUGGGAGCAAUCGACAACUGCACGCAUCUUUUCCAUCACAGUUGUGUCGAAAAGUGGUCAGAGACUGAAAACAGCUGCCCGCAAUGCAAGACCCGAUUCUUCUGGCUGGCAGCUUACGAUGAAAGUUGCAAAAGGACCUCGUUGACAAGGAUCGAAAGUAAAGACCAAGAGGAGCAGGAGGACGAAGCAUUCGAAGAAAUUUCGGUCUGCGAGAUGUGCCAUCAAGUUGGUGACGAGAGCCAGCUGCUGCUUUGCGACGGCAUGCAUGGCACCUGCAAUGCUACAUUUCACGUAGCUUGUGUUGGGCUUCAUGAAGUACCACGGGGAGCCUGGUUUUGUCCAGACUGUAUCGAGCGUGGUUUCGAUGUUGAUGCGCAAGGACGUCGUGGAACCUCGCAGAAGAAGGACGACACUGUCGAGGUGACGCCGACUCGCCGUGCAACACGAACAGAUGCUCAAAGCGUCACAAAUCAAGAGAGCACUCCUCCGCCAGCUGAGCUCCCUCGCCGUUUGCCAAACAGGGGGAAUCGAUUUCCGUCACAGCUGCAGCUCAGCGCAUUGGCAUGCGUGACUCCGGCAGUUGAAGUUCCUGUGUUCAAUGGAGCAAAUGAACGUCCACAACCAGAAGGCCUUUUUGCAACUUUUGCUGCACGGCGACGAGCACGGCGUGGCUCUGAAACCCAGCAGAGAACCAGCUUCAUCUCAUUGAAUCCGAGUUACGAGGACGAUUUCAUGGCCAAUCAAAAAGACGAAGCGAAGGGGAUGACUCGAUCAACUGCAGUCAACCUGACCUUUGAACGGCCGCUGGUGUUGCGCAUUGCCCUUCGAAAGUCAGAGGAUGAGCCGCUGGGGCUUGUGCUGCGCCCGACAGAAAGCGAUGCGAUGAUCGUGGAGGUUCAGCCCGGCUUAAUACGCACCUGGAAUAAGGCGGCCUCACCGACAACGACGGUGAAGAAAUCCGACCGCAUCAUUGCUGUGAAUGGCAGCUCCGGGUCAGGCCAAGACCUCAUGAAGAUUAUCGAGACCGAUGAUGUGUUGGACCUUCGAGUAUUUUCAUGGCAGGCAUAUCUUGAUCUGGGUCUCAGCUGA